AGUUUAGGAGGGCAUCCCUUCUGAGUAAAAAUAAUAACUGUUUUGUAAUCACUAAGAUUUCGGUGGUUUACUGUGGGCUUUAUAUACAAUACAAUGCCAUGAUGAUACGUCUCUCCGGUCUUCGUGCGUGCAAAGCGAAUUUUGUAGGAUUUUGUGAAGGAAAACUCAGCCACUGCCCUCUGUUCUCAUUGCCUAAAAGCUUCAUGCUAGAAUCAGAUCUUUCUUCAUGAUACAAACUUGUUUAUUUCUAGUGUCUCUGAAUCAUUGAUGGUGUGGGUGUAUUCGAAAUUCAUUUUUGUGUAGUGGGUAUUUGUUAAAUUUGUCAUGAAAGGUUCAAGGGAGUCACAGGGAUGGGGGAACAAGCGGGUUCAGUUCCAGGAGCCUUAUAAUAAAAUGUCCAAAUCUUCUGGAGCAUCUUCUGGGGCCUGGAAGCCAGCUGUACCAUUUUGGGAAAGGGAGUUUUGUGAAUCAGUUGGUCUCUCAUGGAGUCAAGUUUGUGACAAUAACAAUGAAUUGGAAGGAUUUGACAAUGUUCUUCGGUGGGAUGAUUCUGCUGCACUUGAAGCUUUUCAGAUAGCCAAGCAGAGGUAUUGGGCAAAGCGAAAUGGCCGGUCUUAUGAUAUUCCUUUACCCAGUUCUGACCUGUAUAUUGAUGAAAUUGACUGGAACUCCCAUAUACAAGAAGACUGUGAGAUACCUGAGAGAAACAAUUCUUCUUCAGAAGAGGAUUACAGAAGGCCAUACUUCAAGCAAGGGGCAAGAGGACGGCAAGGACGCAGAAGAAAUAUAUCUAGACCAGAAACACAAGAUCACAGGAAGCCUUCUGAGGGUAAUGCUCAUUUUUCUGUGAAUAUGUUAGAUCCCACUGCAUGGACUGACAAUGCUACCAAUGCCCCAAAAGAUGGACAGAAGACAGGGCCAAUAGAAUGGAGUGAAAAUAGGCAAAAUGCAACAGAAAUGUCCAAGGAUUUUGCUCAGAAUCCUUUGUAUAUUCAGCCAACAGGGUGGGAAGAUCAACAUGAUGCUGGGUGGGAUGUUAAACAAACAGAUCAUUCUGCGUGGGAAGCCCAUGAAAAUAAUAAUGUCUUAACAGGUUGGGAGCAGAAAAUGGAUUCUGGAUGGGGUAACCAGACUGAGCCAACGAGAAAUUCAACAAUAACAAGUAAGACUGCUUGGACAGAUACUGGUAAUGUUAUGGGUGAUUCUGUUGGCUGGGGAGAUCAAACUCAAAAUGGGUUGAAUGCACCAGCUGUUGGCUCAGGAUGGACACCACAUAAAGAGGAAAACUAUACAUCAGGGCAGGGCUGUGGAAAUGAGAAUUCUGGAUGGGGUUCUAAGCAUGUAAGCAGAACAGGCUGGAAUAAUGUUAAGGAUGUUUCAGAGUGGGAGAGUGGAAUUGGAAGCACAUCUCCUUUCAUCCCUCAGGAGCAAGUUAUUGCAACUGGGUGGGGGGAUCAGUUUCCGGAACAAGUGCAUUCUUAUUAUCAGAAUCAUGCUUGUAUGCCAGCACAGUGGAACACUAUGCCACAGGCUGCACAAUGGCAAAAUCAAUCUGCCACAUGGAAUCCAGGGCCUGUGGAAAUGCAAUAUCAAUUCAAUGGAAAUUGGGGAGGCCCACCUUGCAAUUCAUUUCAUCAAGGGGGUUCACAUGGCUGGUAUCAGGCACCAGCAUACCCGCAAAGUGCAUGGCGUUCUAAUCAAGGUAAUUGGCAUCAACAGCCCCAACAUAAGCAGGGGGGAUACCCUGCACAAAAUCAUCACUAUGCACUGAAGAAAGAUAGAGAUUACAGAGUUAUCAACAGACGUAAUCAGAGAUGAAUUCUUGGGUAUGCAAGGAGAUAUGAAUACGUUGGUUUCUAAAGGCAAGUCAUGUGGGGAGGGAGUACUCAACCAGAGUACAGUGCUGUACAGCAGAUGGUGAUCCGGGCUUUUAUUAUGGAAUACUUUUUGCAUGAUUAUUUUUGAGAGAGUAUUUGAUUAUUUUGUGUUACAUGUAUAUAUGUAGCUAAACGAAAAUCUUAUCAGGAACAGAAACUUGUGCCUAAGCACAUACGCAGGUGAGUCUAUUUGUAUGAUAGUUAUUUUGAGACUCGCAUUAGUUAGGAAAUUAUGGUGGUUUUUGGGUAUUUCACCCCAACAGCCUAGAGAUUUGUAUAUUGCCUACUAUAAAAUCAAGACAUGGCGGGUGAGGAGAUCUUUGAUGUUUUAUGCUAUAAUAGGCCUAGUCUCCUCAGUUAACAUUUUAGAAGCAUUUGACAUCUGUUGGCAUCAUUCUUUUUAUGCAUCUUCAUUUUCAUUUUGGAGAUGAUGAAGGGUGUUUAUUA